AUAAAUUAUUAUGAUUUUUUUUUCUCCAAGGAACAACUUGCUGUUUGGAUCUUUCCUGAAGAUCUUGACAAGAACCUUGUGAUAUCUGAGGACAGGAAAGCUGUUUUUGGACUCCAUCCAGUAUUUGGCCGCCCUUAAGAGAAGUCAAGACAGCAUCUCCUUGUUCAAGCUCUCUGGCUGCUAGCUUGCCCCAGCAUGGCAGACAGUCGACAGCCAGAAGACACUGUGCCCCAGUGGGACCCAUCAGGGGGACAGGAACCUGGCGGCCCCCUUGGAGCGAACGGCUACCCUUCCUCAGUUUACAGAACCACGGCCCCUUACAGCACGAGGGAGAACGGCUUUAAUGGGGAACUAACUGGAGCUCAGGCUGUAACUGCAGAACAAGUGUCUGCGAGGAUUGUUCAGGAAGUGACAGCAGAGGCGGUGGCGGUCCUGAAGGGAGAACAGGAGACUCAACGGCUGCCUUCAGUUGAAGAUACCACCAAUUUGCCUCCAUCUCCACCCCCCUCGCCUGCAGCUGAGCACUUUGGUCCUGCCGAAAAAGGGGAUAAGGAGGAGGCGGGGCCUCUCCGCCGCUUCCAAAAUUCUCGGGAGAGGUGCAAGUUCCUCGCCCCCUCCAUCUCUGUUUCCGUGCCCGAGGACGACCCCUACCACUCCGACGAGGAGUACUAUGAGCACCCAUUGUUCAGCCCAGAGUGGACGCACUCGGGCGCUCGCCCCACAGGGCACGCCGUGGCCUUUAGACAGAUUGAAGAAGAGACCAUGGAGGCUCUUACAGCUGAAUUCCAAGAGGAGGAAGAUGAGGAAGAGGAGGAGGAGGAAAGUGCAGAGGCAGCAGAGUCGGAGACAGCUCUUGAUGAGCAGCAGUGGAGUGGGGAGGAGCCCGAGCUGGACAGCCCCCAAGCUGAACUCUUAAAUCAAUCAGAAGACGUAGACGAGGCCCAGGAUGUAGACCUGGAGCUGGGUGAAGCAGCUAACGCUGCCGCUGAAAGCUCUAUGAGCAGAGAGGAAGAGGAGGAGGAGGAGGAGGAGGAAGUAGAGGGUGAUGAAUUCCCUGACACAGCUUUGAAGAUGGAAUCGGACAAGCAAGACAGUGGGUCCAUGAGUCCUGACAGCAUCGGAUCAGAGAAACGACCGGAGGAAUUUUACGAGCCCCAAAUGCAAGAGUUCUUUGCUGGUGAACGAGUCGUACCAGAGAGCCCCACCAUGGAUAUACCCUCCUAUGUGCAUUCAGAUGUACAAAGCCAAGAAAAGCAUUUAGUCAAGUCAUUCACACUUCAGCCCACGUAUGGUGAGCCAAUCACGGUGUCGGAAAAGCAGCCAUCAGUGGAGGUGGUGGAGUUCAGCAGUAUUGGCGCCCCAUCUGAUUUCUCAUCAGUAGGAGUCAAAGAUCAAGCAAAAGACUCAACGAAAGAUGCCGGGGACAGAUCAGGCAUGUCGGCCUAUUUUGAAACGUCAGCCAUGGAGGUUGAAGAAGCCCAGCACUGUAAAAGCGAAGGUUAUUAUGAACUGAGUAGAGCUGUGGAAAAGACAGCCGAAGGUAACUCCAGGUCUCAGGAGAGGAGCUACAGCAUGCUAGCUGAAGCCACGGAUAAUCCUGAAUCUAAAAAAGGUUCAACAGAUGUUGCUGGAAUGUUUGCAGCCCCUGAUAAGGGUAGUGAAUGCAGGCUUUCUCCCGGUAAGCUCGCUUUAGAGCAGAGGAGUUACUCACUAAACAUCACCAUAGGAGCACUAGACCAGAGCGGGCAAGGGAAAUCUCUCAACUUCUCCCCACUGGCGACAGACAUCAUGUCUUUAACUAGCGGGAGUCUAGAUGAGUCGGCCAACUACCUUCCAGUGUCUACGCCAUCUGUGGACAAACCUCAACCAUUUCCUCCCCUUAUCUUGGAGACUGCAGCUUCAGUCACUUCAGACUCCUCAUCUCCACCACGGACUGCCGAACCACCGCCUAAAACAAGUCCAGAACCAACUUCUCCAGAAUCCCCCCAGCCCUGUAAGAACUACAAAAAUGGCACGGCAAUGGCACAAGACUUGCCAGAGAUGCUCGACCUCGCUGGAGCCCGCUCCAGACUGGCUUCUGAAAAUACAGACCCAGAAAUCACUAGGCGAAAGUCAAGCCAAGCAGAUGUUCCUCCUUUUACUCCCGAUCCAAUGGCCAGCCUAAUGUCAGGAGAGCAGAGUCCCGGGGCAAGAAAAAGUGAUAGUCAGCUUGAAGAGAUGGGAUAUUGUGUGUUCAGUGAAUACUCGGGACCCAUGCCAUCUCCUGCAGAUGUUUUCAGUCCCACGGAAACGGCCGCAAAAGUCUUCACCCCCUCUGUCUUGGAGGAGAAAGUGGCUGAGCAGGCGAGGAAAUUAGCAGUUCGAGAUAUGUCUUUGGAGGACCAGAGUGAACUAACAGGAGAGGCUGAUUGCAUUGAGAGGAUUAACCAGAAUCAAGAUGACUUGAAUAAAGAAACGAAAAAAGAUGAGGUGAACAGUCAGCCAGUUAAGCCUGUGCCAGAAACUCCACCUGCUCAGCCAAGUGAGACCUUUGUGACUCCAACCGUAACCGUGACUCUGGAAGGAGGUGAGAGGUCAGGAAGUGAGUCUGAGCGUCAAGCUAGCGGUGAAGGGUCGGCCUCUGAAACAGAGAUUGCAGACUAUGAGAGGCAGAUCCGCAAACUGGAGAUGGAGGAUAGACCUCUGAGUUUGGAGGAGGAAAGAGAGCUGCAGGAGCUCCGAGAGAAGGUCAAGCUAGUCCACCAAGAAGCUUAUGAGGAAGUGGACGCGGAAGACGCAUACCAGCUAACCGGCAUGGCCAAAGACCGAAUCGCAAGACCUGUGAAAACUUCCCCAACUUCAUCUGUGGAGAGCAACAUUGACGAUGACAAGCUGCUCUCCCCAGUGCUCUCACCAUCCAAAUUUAGACAGAAAGAAGUGUACGGGUCCCCUAAGAGAGUAGCUUCCCCUGUGUCAGCAAUGCACAAAGAAGAGAAGGAUGAAUCAGAGAGAAAAUCAAAGGAAGAAAAAGACAAGGAAGCAACGGAGAUCAAGAAAGCGGAAGAUGAAACAAAGGAAAAGAGGGAAGACCAUGAUCAGAAAUUGCUUAAAGAAACAGAAAAUAAAAGAGAGCAAGAUGAACAGGAGAAUAUGCUAAUAUUAGAGAAAGAAAAGGAAGAGAAAGAACUGAAAGAAAAGGAGGAGAAUGAGAAAAAAGAGAAGGAGGCAAUGGAGCUUAAAGAAAAAGCGGAAAAGGAAAAGAAAGAAAAAGAGGAGAGAGAGCUGAAAGAAAAGGCAGAAAGGGAAAAGAAAGAAAAAGAGGAGAGAGAGCUGAAAGAAAAGCAGGAAAAGGAAAAGAAAGAAAAAGAGGAGAGAGAGCUGAAAGAAAAGGCAGAAAGGGAAAAGAAAGAAAUAGAAGAGAGGGCACUGAAAGAAAAGGAGGAAAAUGAAAAGAAAGAAAAAGAGGAGAUGGAGCUGAAAGAAAAGCAGGAGAAGGAAAAGAAAGAAAAGGAGGAGAGGGAGUUAAAAGAAAAGGAGGAAAAGGAAAAGAAGGAGAAAGAGGAGAGGGAGCUCAGAGAAAAAGAGGAAAAGGAGGAGAGAGAAAGGAAAGAGAAGAUGGAAAGGGAGCUCAAAGAAAAGGAGGAGCGAGAAGAAAGAGAGAGGAAAGAAAAGGAGAAGUUGGAGAAAAUGGAAAGGGAAAAACUGGAACGGGAGAAAAUGGAGAAAGAGCUGAAAGAGAAGGCCGAAAAAGAACUGCAAGAGAAACAAGAGCAAGAGAAACUAGCUGAGAUGGAGAGAAAGAUGGCUGACCUUUCGGUGGAUGUGGAGUUCAGACCGCAGGAAGAAAGUGCUGCCGUUAAUGCGCCGUCAGGAGACGCAAUUGGAAACCUGAAAGACGAGCACGUGUCCAAGAAAGCCAGCGCCAUUGAAUCUGUGGUGAUGGUCGAAGACGACUUCAUCACCGUCGUCCAGACGAUCGACGAAGCCGAAACACCGGGCCACAGCGUCCGUUUCUCCGCUCCACCCGAGGAUAAAGCCUUUUGUGUUACUCACCAGAAAGAUGAGGAAGAGGAAGAGGAGGAGUCUGUUGAGUUGGCCCAGGAAGCAGAUAUAGAGGAGGCGAGUCAAGAGGAGGUGAAUGAUGUUCUUGAAGCUGCUCCCAUCUCCCAAGGUAGAGAGGGCCUGACAGUUGAAACAGAAGGGCUAACAGAAAGCUAUGACCGAGAUGAAACCACUGUGGAUGACUCCAUACUGGACAGUUCCUGGGUGGACACACAAGAUGAUGACAAGAGUAUGGCAACGGAGCAGAUUGAGCCUUUGCCCAAAGUGCCUGCAGCAGCCGAGAAGGCCUCUUUGCCCCAGACCAAGCAGACACAACAGCAGAAGUUGGAGAAACAGGAGAGGCCCGUCAAACCCAAAACCAAAGGAAAUCGAGCCAAAGGACGAGUCUCCACACCUGAACGCAAACCCAUCCGGAAAGAACCCGUCUAUGUUCCCAGGGAGGAGGUCAAGAAGAAAAAAGCUAUAAUACGGAAAUCUGAGCUCACCAAAAAAGUGGAGACUCAGAGUCUGUCUCCAUCCAAGAAGAGUUCGAUAAAGCCAGCAGCUCGCCAGACGCGGCCCUCCCAGCACCACUCCUGUCCCCGAAGGAGGCACACAGAGACUCUACCAGACAGUCGCCGGCCUCUUAGCGUUGCCAGGCAGUCUCGUGACAGAGUAUCGUGUCAUCCCCAUCACUUCACUCUUACAAAGAUUCCAAGCUACAUAUCCAGAGCUCCUGCUGCCAGGUUAGAUAGUCCUCAGUUUCCAAUGACAAAACUGCAUGGCUCAGCAGAUUUAAAGAGUAACAUAAUGGAGGAUGGAGGAUCUCGAAGCCCGGCUAAGAGGUCCUCGGUGCCACGCCACGCCUCAUAUCUGGCUCGCCGAUUUGAGCUGGAGGAGAGUUCCACCUCUGUCACCAGUUCAGGCUCCACGGCUCCCCGUCGACCGACAUCGUUACGUACAGAGAUGAGAGCAGAGCACAGGAUAGGACGAGCCCCCACUAUGACAGUAACAGAAUCGAUGCGCUCCCGCUCAGCUCGCAGCGGUCACUCCACCCCACGCACUCCAGGCUCCACAGCCAUCACCCCAGGAACGCCUCCUAGUUACUCCUCAUCUUCCAGGGGGACCCCACGCUCCCUAAGUUUGAUUUGCCAGGAGAGGAAAGUAGCUAUUCUUCACACCCCACCCAAAUCCCCUGCAACCACACCCAAGCAGCUCCGCAUCAUCAACCAACCACUUCCGGACUUCAAGAAUAUCAAGUCCAAGGUUGGCUCCACAGAAAACAUCAAGUAUCAGCCCAAAGGAGGACAGGUGCAAAUCCAGAACAAGAAGAUUGACUUGAGUCAUGUGACCUCCAAGUGUGGCUCUCUAGACAAUAUACACCAUCGACCAGGGGGCGGUAACGUGCGCAUAGAGAGCGUAAAGUUGGAUUUCAAAGACAAAGCCCAGGCUAAGAUCGGAUCCCUGGAAAAUGCUCAUCAUGUUCCCGGGGGAGGUCGCAUCAUGGAAUUUCAUACAUAGUAACGCCUGAUUGAGAGCCACAAGUUGACAUUUCGGGACCACGCAAAAG